GGACAGCUCUCUCUUGCUUAGAGUCUUACCAUGGGUUCACCUGGACUUUAGAUUUAACCUUGUAGAUGUUCAAAGAACAAGAAGAAUGACGCUCUAUAUGCCUUUGUUCAGGUCCUGCACCACUUUAAGAACACUAACCCAACUCCACGCCCAUCUCUUUGUCACUCGCCUCCAUGAAGACCCGCUUGCUUCCACCAAACUCAUUGAGUCUUAUGCCCAAAUGGGUUCCCUCCAAUCUUCUAGACUUGUCUUUGAAACCUUCCCUAACCCGGAUUCGUUCAUGUGGGGUGUACUAAUUAAGUGUCAUGUUUGGAACCAUUUCUUCCAGGAAUCGAUUUCGCUGUAUCAUAAAAUGCUGUACCAUCAAGUCCAGGUCAAUAGGUUUAUCUAUCCUUCCAUUCUGAGAGCUUGCUCUGGUUUUGGUGACCUGGGCAUUGGUGGGAAGGUCCAUGGGAGGAUAAUUAAAUUUGGGUUUGAUACUGAUGCUAUUGCCGAAACUGCAUUGCUUAGUAUGUAUGGCGAAAUGGGCUACUUAGAUGAUGCACGAAAGAUAUUUGAUGGAAUGCACAUUAAAGAUGCGGUUUUGUGGAGUUCAAUUAUAUCUUGUUAUGUUGAGAAUGGAGAGGCAAGUGAAGGCUUGGGUUUGUUCCAUGGUAUGGUCUCUCAAGGUGUUGAACCAGAUUCGGUGACAAUGCUUAGCGUAGCUGAGGCUUGUGGUGACUUGGGUCUUUUGCGACUAGCGAGGUCAGUUCAUGGUCAAGUUGUGACAAGGGUAAUUAGAAGCGAUGGCUCUUUGGAUACUAAUCUAAUUGUAAUGUAUUCUAAAUGUGGUGACUUGCAUAGUGCAGAGAUGAUCUUUCAAAAUGUCAGUCACCGGAACACUGCUUGUUGGACUGCAAUGAUUACAUGCUACAACCAAGUCAAUUACUUCCGAGAAGCAAUGGAUGUUUUUGUUGAGAUGCAAGGGUUUAAAGUGGAACCCAAUGCAGUGACCAUUAUGUGUAUCAUAUGUUCUUGUGCCAGGUUAGGCUUGCUUAGAGAGGGGAAGUCAGUUCAUUGCUUUGUAAUAAAAAAAGCUUUGGCUGCGGAUAUUGAAUUUUUAGGGCCAGCUUUAAUAGAAUUAUAUAAUGAAUGUGGAAAACUAAAUUAUUGCGAGGAGGUUCUUCAUGCCCCUGGGCAAAAAAAUAUUGUAUCGUGGAAUAUGCUCAUCUCGCUUUUUGCUCAGAAAGGGUUGUUGAGGAAGGCAUUAGAGCUAUUUGUGCAGAUACAGACGCAGGGACUGAUGCCAGAUUCAUAUAGCCUGUCAAGUUCUCUUUCAGCUUGUGGAAAUGUGGGUUCAAUACAGCUUGGAUAUCAGAUUCAUAGUCAUGUUAUAAAAAGAGGCAUUCUGGAUGAGUUUGUCCAGAAUUCGCUUAUCGACAUGUACUGCAAAUGUGGUGAUGUUUGCUCCGGAUAUAUGAUAUUUGAAAAGAUUAAACAACUAAGUGUUGUAACUUGGAAUUCUAUGAUUUGUGGAUUUUCUCAGAAUGGUAAUUCAGUGGAGGCAAUUCGCCUGUUUGAUCAAAUGUAUUUAAAUGGCAUUGAGAUGAAUGAGGUGACCUUCUUAAGUGUAAUUCAAGCUUGCUCCCAUUUGGGUCAUCUAGAAAAGGGGAAAUGGGUUCACCACAAGCUCAUUACCUGUGGUCUGAAGAUGGAUUAUUAUGUAGAUACAGCUCUAACUGACAUGUAUGCCAAGUCUGGAGACCUUCAAGCAGCCCAAGGAGUUUUUGAUAGCAUGUCAGAGCGGAGCGUGGUUUCGUGGAGUGCCAUGAUUGAUGGUUAUGGAAUACAUGGUCAGAUUGAUGCUGCCAUCUCACUCUUCAAUCGGAUGAUAGAUUCAGGAAUAAAACCAAACGAAGUUACAUUCAUGAACAUUCUAUCAGCUUGCAGUCAUGUAGGCUCUGUUGAAAAGGGGAGGUUCUAUUUCAGCUUGAUGAGGAAUUUUGGCAUCGAGCCCAACACAGAACAUUUUUCUGUUGUAGUCGACCUUCUGAGCCGAUCUGGUGAUCUAAAUGGAGCCUAUGAAAUUAUCAAAUCGAUGCCACUUCCUGUAGAUGCUAGCAUCUGGGGUGCUCUACUUAACGGGUGUCGAAUCCACCAGAGGAUGGACAUGAUCAAAAGCAUUAAAAGAGACCUUGUAGAUAUUAGUACAGAUGAUACUGGAUACUAUACUUUAUUAUCAAAUAUAUAUGCAGAAGGAGGAGACUGGAAUGAAGUUAGGAAGGUGAGAUCAAAGAUGGAGGGUAUAGGCCUAACCAAGGUUCCUGGAUGGAGUUCAAUUGAACUUGAGAAAACAAUCUACAGAUUUGGAGCUGGAGAUUCCUCUCAUUUGCAAACAAAUGAAAUUUACAGGGUUUUGAAGAACUUCCCCACUUUGGAUUCUGAACCAAGGUAUAAUGUCGAAAAUGACAGUUCCAUAGCUAAUUUUUCUCAAGGGAGAUGAUCUAAUUUGGAAUAAUUCAAUAUCAGUCCAGGAACAACAUUAGAUUUCAAAGAAACCUCAUGUUAGUAGAGAGUAAUCCUCUCAUCAUGAUCAUUUUUUUUUUUGGCUGAAUCAUCAAGAUCAUUUAAAUGGCAGAUAGAGAUAUUAUAUCGUGAAACUUGAUUUUUGCUUCAUUAUGUCAUG